GCAUUAUCCAUCCAUCCAAUACUUCUCUUUCAAAAGUUAAUGCUGUGAAAUUAACCCGUUCACCCGUCGUUUUCUCUUAUUUCUUCAUCCAGUUUAACAACCACCGCAUUUCCAUCAACCGAGGCUCUACAAUUUAAUGUCUGAUGCAGUGAGUCUAGUGAAGGAAAAGUGUUGGGAUCAGAGAGAAGCCUUAUCAGGGGAACCUUGUUGUGUUAUUUGUGGUCGCUAUGGUGAGUAUAUCUGCAAUGAAACAGAUGACGAUAUUUGCAGCAUUGAGUGUAAGUCAACCCUGCUUGGUAGGCUCUCCAAUGCCCAAAAGCGAGAAAAACUCCCACAUCAAGUAAGAAUACCUGUUGUUGAUGAAUGCGUUUACGUUAGGGAUAAUGAUGAUGAUAUAUUAAAAGCUCCUUCAUUAAGCGACAAUGAGGUGGAAGUGCUUCGGAACAAACUUGAGAUACAAGUCAAGGGUGCGAGUGUUCCUCCCCCUAUUUUGUCAUUUUCUUCUUGCAAUCUUCCUCAGAAGGUCCAGAAAAAUCUAGAAGCUGCAGGAUAUGAAGUUCCUACACCUAUCCAAAUGCAAGCCAUCCCUAUUGCUUUAACUGGCCGAAAUUUACUUGUUUCAGCUGCUACAGGCUCUGGUAAAACAGCCUCCUUUUUGGUUCCCAUAGUUUCUCGUUGCUCAAAAUUUCGCCUUGCGAACCCCACCAGCCAGAGGAAACCUUUGGCAAUGGUUUUAGCACCAACUAGAGAGCUGUGUGUGCAGGUAGAGGAACAAGCUAAGGUGCUUGGAAAUGGUUUACCCUUUAAAACUGCUCUUGUAGUUGGUGGUGAGCCAAUGGCUGGACAAAUCUACCGCAUUCAUCAUGGGGUGGAAUUGAUUGUUGGAACUCCUGGUAGGCUCAUUGAUCUUUUAACCAAGCACAAUGUCGAACUGGAUGAAGUUUCUAUCUUGGCAUUGGAUGAGGUAGAUUGCAUGCUUGAGAGAGGCUUUCGGGAUCAGGUUAUGCAGGUUUUUCUAGCUCUUUCUCAGCCUCAGAUUUUAAUGUACUCGGCGACAGUUCCUCGAGAGGUGGAGAACAUCGGUAGUUUGUUAGCUAAGGAUUUGGUAUUUGUCACUGCUGGAAAGGAUAGUGGGACAAACAAGUCUGUGAAGCAAAUAGCUAUCUGGGUGGAGUCGAAGCAUAAGAAACGGAAACUCUUUGAGAUACUAACGAGCCAGCAGCAUUUCAAACCACCUGUUGUAGUAUUUGUGGGUUCAAGACUAGGAGCUGAUCUUCUCUCGGAAGCAAUCACGGUCACCACUGGGAUAAAAGCUCUACCAUUUCAUGGGGAGAAGCCCAUGAAGGAACGGAGGAACACGCUAAGGUUGUUUUUGACUGGGGAGGUUUCUAUCAUCGUAGCUACUGGUGUUUUAGGACGGGGAGUAGAUCUCUUGAGAGUGAGACAAGUGAUUGUAUUUGACAUGCCGAACUCGAUUAAAGAGUACAUUCACCAGAUUGGAAGAGCUUCUAGAUUGGGAGAGGAAGGGACGGCGUUUCUCUUUCUAAAUGAGGAAGACAAGAAUCUGUUCCAGGAUUUGGUUGGAAUGCUGAAAUCAUCAGGAGCUGUUAUUCCUCGGGAGCUUGCUAAUUCACGGUAUACGAAUAUUUCUUAUACCACUCGUGGGGAGCAAAGGAAGAGGAAGUGGGGUUCUUAAAACUCU